AUGUCCAAGGACAUCACAGCGUCGAAUCCGGCUCCCGACUCGACAACUCCAAGUUCGCCGGAGAAAACUCAAGCAGCCUCCGACGACGGCUCUAAUGGCUCGCCCGAUCUCUUCGACGCUCUGAGCGUCUCGAAGAUCGCGUCAGCGGUCCGCGCGUGCAAAAAGACCUAUCCACAUCCCCCAGCGUCAAGUUGA